AUGACAGACAAUAAAUUAUACAAGAUCAUCAACGCAAAAUUACUCAAACAUCAUCAACUAGUAGAAAACGAAUAUUUAUGGUUUCAAAAUGGUCAGAUUGUAGAUGCCGAACAAGUGUUCUUUGAACAAAGAAAAGAACCGGAUGAAAUCAUUGAUGCACAAGGUUGUAUUGUAGCGCCCGGAUUUUUGGAUCUUCAGAUCAAUGGUUCUUAUGGUAUUGAUUUUGCUGAUCAUGAAGGCUCUAUAGUUCUUCCUUUAUUACGACGUCGAGCUGGUAAUGCAAAGACGAACUCUGAAAUCUUGGGCGCUCACGUUGAAGGACCAUUCAUUUCUGAAGAAAAGAAAGGUGCCCACGAUGUUAAUGCUAUUCGGACCGCGUCAAGAGGUAUAUUGGAUUUCGAAGAAGCAUAUGGAUCUGAAUUAAAACGAGGUGGCGAAUCUAUAUCUAUCAUCACACUGGCACCUGAAGUGGAUGGUGUUCUGGAUGUCAUACCAAAGCUUAUAGAACGUGGAAUCACUGUUUCUCUUGGUCAUUCGGCGGCUCAUAUUAAGGCGGCAGAAGCUGGCGUUGCUCAAGGUGCUUGUCUCAUGACUCAUUUGUUUAAUGCUAUGUUACCCUUCCAUCAACGUGAUCCUGGUAUGGUGGGUAUCUUGGGUGCUACUGAUUUGCCUGUACCAAAACAACCUGAUAGACAUCCUUUACCAUCUCUCACCAGUGCUAAUCAUCAACAAUCGGAUCCACGACCCUUCUAUGGUAUUAUUUGCGACGGUAUCCAUGUGCAUCCCAAUUCUGUACGCAUCGCCUACUAUUCUCAUCCUCGAGGUUGUGUCUUGGUGACAGAUGCAUUAUCAGCAGCAGGACUUCCUCAUGGUAUUUAUCAACUUGGUGGUCAAGAUGUGGAAGUGCGUCAUGGUGGAGCAUAUAUCAAAGGAACAGAUACUUUGGCAGGUAGUACGGUGACGAUCGACCAGUGUGUGCGCAACUUUUGGAAAUUCACAAGAUGUUCUCGAGUAGAAGCUUUAGAAGCAGCUACACUUCACCCAGCACAAAGUUUGGGCAUACAAGAUCGUAAAGGGACAUUGAAUCCAGGUGCGGAUGCUGACUUUGUGUUUUUGGAUGAUGAUUUGAAUUUGAAACAAGUCUAUGUGCGUGGUGAACAAGUGAUCUUGGCCAGGUCUCCCUAGUUAGAUUAUUGUAUCAUAUAUUGCCUAGUUUAGUCAUAUAUAUAUUUAUGCAUAUUUUCCAUUCCGUUUAGUCAUACAUUGUAUACAUCCAUCGUUUUAUUAUUGUUCUAAAAAAAUAAAGCGUUAUAUAUAUUCAUUUUGUUACAGGUACUUU